CCCCCCCCCCCCCCCCCCCCGGAUGAUUGAGAGCAGCAGCUGAGAGCAAGGCAGAGAGGAGCCAGCUGAUUCGAUUCCCCUUAGUUUAAAGCGAAAGAAAAUGGAAGUCGGUUAAUAAAGCGAUCGCAGCGUCCGGAGCAGGGUCGGUUGAGUCUCCUACAGGACUGGUAUCAAUUCGACAGCAUCUGUCAGGAGAGUGCUCAGCAAUGUCGGGAAACCAAAUGAAAGCCAAUCUUGCUGAAAGAAAUAACUAGCGAAUUCUCAGGGGUUGUUAUAUCACAUCACAUCUUGUACUGUGGCAAAAAUGGACGGUUUCCAACUACAGAGAACACAGUGUUGACAAACAAUAUAACAGUUGAUUGCCACGUGCCUCAAGGAAAUCUUAUUUCAAGUCCGUGGAAAGCCAAUCAAAUGAACAAGUCACAGAUGGAUGAUUUCUAGUUCUCUUCCGAACCCCGACUCUGCCAAGUGCUAGGCAGCACUUCUACAUGAUCCCAUGACUCUUGAUAUGGACGCGGUCCUGUCAGACUUUGUUCGGUCCACGGGGGCAGAACCGGGUCUGGCAAGAGACCUGCUGGAAGGCAAAAACUGGGACUUGACCGCAGCUCUGGGUGAUUAUGAGCAACUCCGACAGGUUCACACAGCCAACCUACCCCAAGUGUUUAACGAGGGGAAAUACUACAAGCCCCCAGAAAGAGAGCCACCCCAACAGGUGAACAAGAUUGACCGGCCAGGCCUUCCAAGACAGGAUGAAAUUGCUCAAGAAAAACGUCUGUCCCGGGGUAUUUCUCACGCCAGCUCAGCCAUCGUCUCCCUUGCCCGAUCCCACGUGGCAAACGAAUGCAACAAUGAGCAGUUCCCUCUGGAGAUGCCCAUCUACACGUUCCAGCUGCCCGAUCUCAGUGUGUACAGUGAAGACUUCAGGAGCUUCAUUGAACGGGAUUUAAUUGAACAGGCAACAAUGGUGGCGUUGGAACAGGCGGGUCGCCUGAACUGGUGGUCAACAGUGUGUCUGAGUUGCAAGCGCCUUCUACCACUGGCCACUACCGGAGACGGGAAUUGCCUCUUGCACGCGGCCUCGUUGGGGAUGUGGGGGUUUCAUGACAGGGACCUGGUUUUGCGGAAAGCUCUCUACACGAUGAUGAGGAGCGGAGCUGAGAAGGAAGCACUGAAGCGCAGGUGGAGAUGGCAGCAGACCCAGCAGAAUAAGGAGUCUGGGUUAGUUUACACAGAAGAAGAGUGGGAACGAGAGUGGACAGAGCUCCUGAAACUGGCAUCAAGCGAACCCCGCACUCAUUUCAGCAAAAAUGGAGGCACUGGUGGGGGGGUGGACAAUUCGGAGGAUCCUGUGUAUGAAAGCUUAGAGGAGUUCCAUGUUUUUGUCUUAGCCCAUAUAUUAAGAAGACCGAUUGUGGUUGUAGCAGACACAAUGUUAAGGGACUCUGGUGGUGAAGCAUUUGCACCUAUUCCUUUCGGAGGAAUUUACUUGCCCUUGGAAGUUCCACCCAACAGAUGCCACUGCUCACCUCUGGUUCUAGCUUACGAUCAAGCCCAUUUCUCCGCCCUCGUGUCCAUGGAGCAAAAAGAUCAGCAGAGAGAGCAAGCGGUUAUCCCUCUCACUGACUCUGAACACAAGCUUCUGCCUUUGCACUUUGCUGUCGAUCCGGGGAAGGACUGGGAAUGGGGAAAAGAUGACAAUGAUAACGCCAGGUUGGCCAAUCUGAUUCUGUCCCUAGAAGCAAAGCUGAAUCUUCUGCACAGCUACAUGAAUGUCACCUGGAUCCGGAUACCCUCCGAAACGCGGGCUCCUUUGGCCCAACCAGAAUCCCCCACGGCAUCGGCCGGAGAGGACGUUCAGUCCCUGGCUGACUCGAUGGACUCCGACCGCGAUUCCGUCUGCAGUAACUCCAACAGCAAUAACGGGAAGAACGGCAGCAAAGAAAAGGAAAAGGAGAAGCAGAGGAAGGAGAAGGACAAAAACCGGGCGGAUUCGGUGGCCAAUAAACUGGGAAGCCUCAGCAAAACGCUCGGCAUCAAACUGAAAAAGAACAUGGGGGGCCUGGGGGGACUGGUCCACGGGAAGAUGAGCCGAGCCAAUUCCGGGAACGGGAAGAAUGGCGACCCCCCCGAGAGAGGCAAAGAGAAGAAGUCCAAGUCCCGCAAAGGCAGCAAGGAGGAAUCGGGCCAGUCGGCCAGUACCUCCCCGUCGGAAAAGACGACGCCGUCUCCCACGGACAAGGCGAGCGUCUCUCCGUCCGAGAAGAACGCCAGGUCCCCGUCAGACAAGCCGGCGGACGCCUGGAAGUACAGCACCGACGUGAAACUGAGCCUCAACAUCUUGAGGGCCGCGAUGCAAGGCGAGCGGAAGUUCAUCUUCGCCGGCCUCCUCCUCACCAGCCACCGGCAUCAGUUCCACGAGGAGAUGAUCGGCUACUACCUGACCAGCGCCCAGGAGCGCUUCAACGCCGAGCAGGAGCAGAAGAGGAAGGAGGCGGAGAAGAAGGCGGCGGCCCCGGCGGUGUCCUCCGGCAGGAAGCUGGAGCCGGAGGCCUUCCCCAAGGAGAAGCUCGAGUCGUCGCCUCAAGGCGGGGCGUCGCCGGUCCUGCCCGCAAGCCAUACCUCUCAGCUGGUUUUAAAAUUCAAGGACCGGACCAGUCCCCCCCCCGGUUCGUUCCCGUCGCCCGGCCACAGCACCAAGAGGACCGGGCCCACACCGGUGUCCGUCCACUAUAGCCAUACCCCUCCGGUCCAGAGGCAGAGCGUCAUCCACUUGCACGACGUCAGCUCCAAGCCGGCCAGCUUCCAGGACGACGCCUUCAAGCCCGUGGUGGGCACCCUCAAAACCUGCGCCACCUACCCCCAGCAGAACAGGUCCCUGUCAUCCCAGUCCUACAGCCCGGCCCGGGCUGCCGGCAUCCGCACGGUGAACACGGUGGAGUCUCUGACCUUCGCCCUGCCCGCCGAACACAAGUCCCAGACGUACACGAACGGAUUCAACCCCGGCGACGUCCGAGACGGGCUGGAGUUCGCCGACGAGGAGGCCCCGCAGACCUGGUUGAACAAUGAGAAAAACAGAGGCAGAAGCACAGUUUGCCCUAUAUACUCCAUCCAGCAGAACCGUUGUAAGAAAGAGAACUGUUCCUUUUAUGGCCGGCCGGAGACGGAGAACUAUUGUUCCUACUGCUACAAAGAGGAGCUCAAGCGCAGGGAGAGAGAGAACAAGGGGCACAGGCACUGAAAACCACGAGGAUGCCCCCAAACCACUCGGUUCUCAUCGGUUCCUGACGAGAGGGAAGGAGGGUCGGGGCCCCGGAGCCAAGAGAAUCCUCAGAAGGGACCCAGCAGACGACAUCCGGCUUGUUGCUUCUUGGGGGAGAGGCGGAAAUGAGAGGAUUAAUUUAUCAUAAAGAAUUUAUUUUCCAUUU